AGUUCGCGCCGGUCAUCAGAAAGCGACGGAAUCGCGCAUCGACGACGCACAGACACACAGCAGAGCUCAGCAGUGUGAUAAAAGGCCGACGGCGACGACGACCACGACGACGAUGACGGCCGCCAUGUUUCUUUCGUAAACGCCGGCGUCCCCGAAAACGCGUAUAUCCCGAUUCGUGAAGCUUUGGCGUGACGCGCCGCCAGCGAGUGCAACGACUUCCUGGGGGCACGAUAACUACCGCUGCGAAUCAUGCCGCAGCUGCCCCCCCGUUGACGCUGCUGUUGUUGUUGUUGUUGUUGUUGUGUUGGUGCGUUGACACGUCUCUCUCUUAUCGGCACCGUCGUCGUCGGGGGCAAUAGAGGAAGGGAGAGCGAGAGAGCGAGAUUUCCAGCAGCAGCAGCAGCCGCCGCCGCCACCGCCGCCGCAGCGGACGAAUAAUGUGCCGCGUCUCCGACGCCGCUGUCCCGACGCCCGACGCACAGUGAACGAACUAUAAUAAAACGAACGGCCCCCGCCGCUACACGAUGCGACCGGCGAGCCACCCACCGCCGCCACUGCGCUCCCCCGUCACCGCAAACGAAUGCACGUCGAACUGGGAGAGAGCGCGCGUGCGCCGCGUCACGUGAGCUCCCCCCGUAACGCCCCGCGUCUCAGUGAUACCACCGGUACAACGUGAAAAGCACUAUACCGACCACCGUGUUGUCGUUGUAUGUGGGCUCGUUGGUCACGAUAUCGACCACAGCCCGUAAGGCUAAUCAGCUGGCCGCCAUACUGGUUCUCGUCGUCGCAGUACUGACAACGACGGCGAACCGGACAGAGGCGGCGUCGCCACCGCCCCCGACCGUUCGCCACCCUUGCAAUUCCAAACUGACCCCUUCCAGUUUAGUUUUAGGCCGGUCCGACCGGAAAAGUGAUACUAGCGUAACUUCCACGAGGCGUCGUGACGCGGACCCAUCGUACGCGGGUGCGUUUGUCGGUGUAGGUGUCCGCGGCGGAAAUUUAAGCGAGAACGCGAACCGAGCGCGCCAAAGCCACGAGGACGCUGCCGACCGAGGUCGACUGAGAGCGAACCACCAGUUGUCCAUGCCACCGGCGCAUGCGCAGGAUACAGAUUCAUCCGAAGUCGUAUCGCAACGCAAGGAGUACCCGCCACCACCGCCGCCGCGUCGCUCUCACCGCCGGCCCUCGCUCCCGCCUCCUCACUUAAAAGGGCGACCGACCGAGAAGGAGGAGGAGGAGGAAGGGGCGGCGGCGUUUUGGGGCCCCCUGAUAGCCGUGCUGGCCGUAGUGGUGGCCGCGGGUCUCGCCCUCGCCCUCGCCACGUGUCUGCUUCUCGACCACGCCUACGACGACAACGGCAGGCGUUGCGCCCGGCCGCGUUGGGGGAGGAGCGAUCGCGACCCGCCCACCGUCACACCCAUGCUGUCGGUGGUGAGUGCCGGUGCCGCGGCUGGUAUGGGCGGCAUGGACCGGCUCCGUGGCGGACGAGCAGCUAGAGAAUUGGCCGUGACGAGGGACAGACAGGUCAGACUACACGCGGUCCACACGGACCUAGCGAUCAAUCUACCGCCCAGCAUAGCGCUGCCCGACGGCGAGGAACACCACCAUCACCAUUCGUACGCGGCAGCGUCCAGACUACAGCUUAGAGAUUCCGAACAGGAGUCGGAAAUCUACCAGAAGUGCAUACGACCGCCCCCGAACCGGACCGUGCUCGAGAGCGAAUCGCCGCCACCCUACCGGUCCAGUUCGGCCAGCGUAUUAGCCUCGUCGUCGUCUUCGUCGUCGGGGGGCAGCGAUUGGUCGUCGGGAACCGCCCCCCUCGUCGUCCGUUGCCACUCAAUGUCGUCGACCUCGUCGUCGAUGAUGUCGAAAACGAUGGGCUCGACGAUAUCCAACCACCACCACCACGCCGCGCAGGGCGGCGUUCCAAAGACUGAUUUUUUACAAAGAACUGUUAAAAUAUUCACCGGGAAGAAGACGCCGACGCAGACGGCGACGACGACGACGACGACGACGACGCCGCCGCCCGUCGUCAUAGUGCCGACGACGGCGUCGAGACAGAAGAGGGAGGCGAGGCAACCGCCGCCGGUGUGACAACCGCCCCAAUUUUAGAUGACAAAUUUUUUCCGUGAAAAUUUAGUUGAUUCCAUUUGACGCGCGACGAGGGGGCGGGGAAGUCGUCCGCCGCGCCUCGCCCGCCCCCCCUCACCCGCAGCCGUCGCCCUCGACAUUAAAACAAUUAAUUAACUAGGUACAGGUCUAGAACGUAAUAAAGAUUAUUUAUAUAUAUAUAUAUACACACACAUUAUGUAUAUCAGUGAAUAAUGGACGCUACUGUAUGUGGUUCAGUGUGUAAAAGAAAAAAAAAACAAAAGAAAAACGCAUACUUGGAUUGAGGGACUUGGGCAUGUUCCUAUAUUUACGACGAUGUGUACUGUGUACAUUUUACAGCGGACUUGGGGGCGGGUAUUGGGAUGGGAGGGAGGGGAGCAAACACGCACCGGACGUGGAAGUCUUAGUUUUUUUUUUAAAUAAAUUAAUUGAUAAUUAUAAUAUUAUUGCUAGUCUAAUCGAUUAUAUUAUUGUCUUGUUAUGACGGCGGUCUAGUUCAAUUUUUUCUGUUAAAUAUGAUCGAUAAUAUCUAUGUAAUAUAUAUAUUUUAUAUAUAUACGACAAACUUCUAAUCCGCUCCGCAGAGGAUGGUCGCGUGACCUCCUACAUUGGUCUGACAAAAUUCUAACCUGGAAACAGCUGUUAAUCACUGACCUAUCCCGAUAUUAACCACUUUUUCGGCUUGUAACUCUAAAAUUUGAGUCUGCGACUCAAUUUUCGAUUUGGUGAAUCUAUUUUGGUCGAUCCCCUAAUUCCGAAUGCCGGCACUGAAAUUGAAAUUGAAGCUUGAAGCUCCAAUUCGUUUUCGAUUCAAAUCGAAAGCCACUCCUAGCAUUCGCGCAAUACUCAAAUUUCAAUUUUAUAGCUCCGCUUCAGAGGUUUUACUCAAAAUUCACAAAUUUUCAGUUUCUUCAGCGUGUUUUCCAAUUUAAAUUGAAGCCCCAACCCAAAUUCAUCAUUAAUAGCUCAAAAAUCCUCAACUUCAACUCUAAUUCAGCGACUGAAAUUUGAGUUUUGCAGCUCUGUUUUUUUGCAGACUUACAAUUAUAAAACUUCAAUCGCAGCUUUCAGUUUUAAAUUUAAGCUAGUGUUAGGCUUGCGUCUCACCUUUAAGCUCCAAAUUCGAGCUUUGCAUUGAAGUUUGCGACUGGAAUUUGAAUUUGAAGGCUUAAAUAUCGGCCAUGGUUUUGGAGAUUGUAGCUCAAAAUUUCCCAGCAUCGGCAUCGAUUGAAGUUUAAAUGUUCCCGCUCAGAUGUAAAUUGCAUCUGUUGACUUCCAUAACUAAGUUUCAAAUCCCCCCUCUACCACCCGACACCAGACGAAGCCCCGCCUCUCGGAGCGGUUGUCGCGUAUAAACGAAAAUUAUAACGUAAAAAUGAUUUCCGCGUAAAACUAAGACUGAGCGCAAACGUAUGUAAAGUAAUAAAUCAAAAUGGUGCAAAAGCGUUUUUGCGAAGAUCUGAGACAGGGACGGCGCGCGGGGAUUUAGCGAAAUUAUUUUUGUUUUUUUUUCUCGCAUUCUUCUGUUUACUCUUUUCUGCGUUAUACAGGGCGCGCGGAAAUUCGGAGCUUCGGAGAGGUUUUUUUUAAUGUGCUCCAGUGGCGUCCGUAUAAUUGUUUAACGAAAUAACCGUAAAGUUAAAACUCUGCUCCCGAGUUUCGCGCGCCGCCCUGUAUAUCGUUUUCAUUUUCGCCGAUUUUCGUCGCUAAUUAGAAAAGAAAACAAUCGAAACUAUCGACGAUGCGCGAGCGGGUCGCGGUGAAACCGGAUCACCGAUUUUGGCCGUCGGCAAAAACUGAGAAAAAAAUCGAAUUAUCUCGAGAACUGCGCACUCCACUCGCGGAAUUUUUCGAAUAGCACUUCUUAAUUAAAGAUAUAAAUAUAUAUGUUAUCGGUUUUAUCAAAAAUUUUUCGUUUAAAAUCAAUUACGAGUACCGUUAAAUAUUCCCGAUUACAUUUUUUUAAAAAAAACUUUAGCUUCAGAUAAAACCGAUCGUCCGAAAACGCAACCGAAAACUAAAAACCUAAAAAUCAACUAACGCCCACGCCCGGAGGGCUGUAUUUAUACGGUUGUGGAAUAUCCCGGCGCAUCCGCCCGAUAUAUCGAUUUCGCGAAAGUUCUCGAGAUUAUCGAAGAAAAUUAACCGGAAAAAAAUGGCCGACCUAAACGAUUCAGAACAUUCAAGGCCGUUUCUCCCGGUCGGCUCGCCGAUACGUUUGUAUUUUAAAAAACCUAUGAAGCAUAUUAUAAAACGGUAGACGACAACAUUAAAGUAACGUUAGAGAAGCAUAAGCAUUAUUGUGAUGAUUAUAAUAAUUAUUUAGGUGCUUGGGAAACAUAUGUGCAUUUAAACUUCAACCAAAAAUGUUAAUUUCUCCCCCGUCGGAAUGGACAGCCACCCCGGAAAUUGUUUUGGAUGUCACGCGACGCGCCAAGGUCGUUCCAAGGUCGGCCACUUUAUCAAUCGACCUUGAACGGACCAAACGCGAUGCGCUUGACCUUCGGGCGCCCUUGGGUGUGUCGGCUUCGAACUUGAGGGGCGCGGACCAAGGUCGUCCGAAGGUCGACGCACGUUACCGGUCGACUUGGAACCGACGCGGACGACCUUGAGAACGUCAGAUCCGACCUUGAAAAUUCGGACUGCCCUAAAUUAGGUCCGCGUUUAACGGAAGGUGCAUUUAUGACCGGACGCGGUGCAAUUUUCGCGUAUAAGAAGAAAAUGUAAUUAUUUUUUCUGUCCCCCCUCCCCUCGCUUAAACCGCUAAGCGACCGAGAAUAGGAAAUGGAAAACAUUCGUUAUAGUUUUAAGUUUUUGUACAUAUUUACGCGUUAAGGAGGAAACACAAUUACCGCAUUAUUUAUUUUUGUCCAUGUAUAAAAUAGAAACGGAAAAGACGUGGCGAAACGACUCCUUAGCCGGGCCGCGGGGAGCUGUAACUUUUUUUUAAUAACUAUAUUUAUAUAUAUUGAAAGGUGUAUAAAUUAUUUAUUAAAUUCAUAUUAUUACGAUAUUGUUUUAUAUAUUAGCUUUUUUUACGCCUAGGGAGUUGUUUUGUACAAUUUGACUCGAACUGACUUUUUAGUAUUUAUUGUUUCACCUAUAUUAUAUACAUAUAUUUUUUUUUCGUUUAGUCCCAGUUUUUUGCAUAUAUGUUCGACGAGAGCCAAGCCGAAAAAAAAGUCUUCAUAACAGCAAAAAAAAAAUUGUGAUUAAAGUAAAUUUUACUAUUAUGAAAAUAACAAAAUUAAUUAAAAUGUUUUUGUAUUAGUGAAUUAUU